UGCCCUCUACUCUCUCGAAAUUUCCAUUGACAACACCAAAAAAAAUUUCGAAAAAAGAGAAAAAAAAUUUCCGCGACGCGUCCCCAUAGUAUUUGUUCAGCGCAUAGAGAGGCUACUUUUUUCCACGUGGCGUGCGCUUUUUAUUUUAUUUUUUCUGAUCAAAAAAAUUAAAUAACGUGGAAAAAAUGCAAAUCUCAUUUCGAAAAUGUCUGAUUUUCUAUCAAAUGAGCAGCAUGGAGAGGCAGAAUGAGUUGCAGAAGAUUACGAUAAUUCGUGUAAUAUGCUCAGUUCAACUAAUAUCAAUGAUUGCGGUGACGGCACACUCUACAGCCAUGCCCUUUCUGGUUAGGAUAGCUAAUAAGACGCACUUCCUCCCGACAACUUCAGUUUUCAUGAUGGAAGUUUUAAAAUUAGGAUUUUGUUUAAUAAUCACAUUAUUUAAAUCCGGUAGUAUCAAAAAGACCUGCCACGAACUGCACAAAACAAUCUGGCAGAAUCGACUGGAAACCAUGAAAGUUGCAGUUCCGGCAGUUGUAUAUGCAAUUCAAAAUAAUUUAUAUUAUAUUGCGUUGGCGAACGUGGAUCCGACUACUUACUCGGUAACCCUCCAAAUCCGUAUUCUCACCACAGCCGCCCUGUCAGUGUGCCUUUUAAAUAAAAAACUAUCGUGGUAUCAGUGGGGAGCCCAGGUGAUGGCUUUGCUUGGCGUCGUUAUCGUACAGCUUGACAAGACCAAUAGUCACAAGGAGGCCGUAGGAAAUUUCUGGAUCGGUGUCUCCGCGGUGGUUGGGAUGUGCUGGACGAGUGCGUUUGCCGGUGUAUACUUUGAGAAAAUGCUCAAAAAUUCGUCGGCCGACGUGUGGAUUCAAAAUAUUCGACUAUCGAUUUUGACGCUCUUCUUUGCCGGGAUUACGAUGAUCACUACUGACGGAGAGGCGGUUUUUGGAGGCCGAAUGUUUGAAGGGUGGUCAAAUAUGGUUUGGCUGGUGACAAUUCUCAACUCGGUCGGCGGAUUGUGUAUUUCGUUGGUCAUGAAGUACGCGGAUAAUGUCAUGAAAACAUAUUGUCAGUCAAUUGCGAUAGGCCUAACAUCACUUGUCUCAAUCUGCCUCGGCGAACGUAUCCUAACCGUCUAUUUGGUGUACGGAGUGACACUUGUGACGUCAUCAGUGGUCGUUUACUCGCUGUUCCCUGUGGCUCCGCCGGCUCUUUCCGAUUACCAUAAGCUCGAGCAACAGGAUGACGUGGCGGAAUUGCUCAAAUCGUCUGGAGUAGAAGACGAAGAAGAGGAGGAAGAUGAGAUUUUUGGAGAGCUCGAGCACAAAAUUGAGCUCUGAGUUGUAUAUUCAUCAUUAUUGAUUUUUUUUAAUCGAAAUUGUUCGGUUGCCACUUUAAAGGCGCGGGUACAGCUUUACAAAUCAUGGGUUUUCUUUUAAUUUAAUUGUUGGUUUUUAUCAGAUUCUAACUUAUUUUAUGAAUGAAUGCUUAUUUGCUA